GUUGCAGGUUGAAGUCCAUCGGAAAGUCUACAGUACAGAUAUAAGUUCACGAUGGAUGACAUGGCCGAGAAGUUUUGUAAAGCGUCUACCCUGGUGCCGGUAGGCCUGUCAGCGGCAGCAUUAGGAACGUUUAUGUUUCUCAAGAGAUUUGGUAUCCUGUACCAGCUCUUCCACAAGGUUGACAAAAACAUCAAAAGGAAUGGUGGUGAUAUAGUUGGUGAUGUUUUGAAGGCUCAUGGUGUGAAAUAUGUGUUUACUUUGGUUGGAGGACACAUUUCUCCCAUUCUAGUGGCCUGUGAGAAGAUUGGUAUCCGUGUAGUGGACACCAGACAUGAGGUGACAGCCGUAUUUGCUGCAGAUGCUGUUGCCAGAAUGUCAGGGACAGUGGGUGUGGCUGCUGUAACAGCAGGACCAGGACUUACCAACACAGUGACUGCUGUUAAGAAUGCUCAAAUGGCUGAGUCUCCAGUAUUGCUGAUUGGAGGGGCUGCUGCUACACUUCUCAAGGGCAGGGGAGCACUUCAAGAUAUUGACCAAAUGUCACUUUUUAAGCCCCUGUGUAAAUACUGUGCCACUGUAACGAAGGUCAGGGAUAUUGUCCCCACACUACAAAAGGCUCUACAGGUAGCCCAGUCAGGAACUCCAGGGCCAGUGUUUGUGGAGUUUCCUAUCGACAGUCUGUACCCAUACCAGACUGUUAGUAAGGAGAUUGGUAUAAAGGAGUCGGGCAAACUAAGCCUAAUGCAAAGGAUCACAAACUGGUAUCUCUCUAAUUACUUGACCAAUUUGUUUGCUGGGGCCUUUGAGGAAAGAGAUAUGAGUCCAUUAUUAAUUGACAUAAAGAAACCAAGUUCUUCUCAAGUCCAGAAAGGCAUAGAGCUGCUUUCCAAGGCUAAAAAGCCAGUAAUCCUGAUUGGUAGUCAGGCAACACUUCCCCCAGUUCCUGUCGAGGAGUUAAGGAAGGCACUCGAGGAUAUCGGAGUGCCCUGUUUCCUUGGAGGUAUGGCAAGGGGACUUCUAGGUAAAAACAGCGCAAUACAGGCACGACAGAAGAGGGGCGAAGCUCUCAAGGAGGCUGAUGUUGUCAUCAUGGCAGGUUCUGUAGCAGAUUUCAGGUUGGGUUAUGGAAGGGUAUUGAGCAGGAAGUCCAAGAUAAUUGCCAUCAACAGAAGCAAAGACCAGCUGUACAAGAACUCUGACAUGUUCUGGAAGCCGACAGUGGCAGUAGAAGCUGAUGCAGCAAGCUUUAUCCUGGAACUUUCAAAAGGGCUGAAAGGGUACAAGUGUGAUCAAGACUGGCUGCAAAAACUCAAGGAGAAGGACGUUGUUAAAGAGAAAGCUAACCUGGAGAAGUCCACAGAGGUAACUGACGUCCAUCUUAAUCCCUUAAAGGUCCUUCACAUCACAGAGGAAGUGAUGGGUGAUGACACUGUGAUGGUGGCAGAUGGCGGUGACUUUGUUGCUACUGCCUCAUACAUCCUAAGGCCCAGGGGACCUCUUCACUGGCUUGACCCUGGAGCAUUUGGAACUCUUGGUGUUGGAGGUGGUUUUGCAUUGGGAGCCAAACUGUGUCGCCCAGACUGUGAUGUGUGGAUUAUCUAUGGGGAUGGUUCCCUUGGAUACAGCGUGGCAGAGUUUGACACCUUCACGAGACAUAAACUGCCAGUGAUUGCGUUGGUUGGUAAUGAUGCUGGCUGGACACAGAUAGAGCGAGAACAGGCACCUAUGUUUGGUAGCAGUGUUGCCUGUAAACUGGCUUUCACUGAUUAUGAAACGGUUGCCAUUGGAUACGGUGGAAAGGGCCUACGACUGGAUAGAUCAAAUGAGGACAAAAUUAAAGAAAUACUGGAGGAUGUAGUGAAGCAGAGUCGAGAUGGACAUAGUGUAUUGGUGAAUGCUCUGAUAGGAAAAACCAAUUUCCGAGAAGGCAGUAUCUCUGUAUAAUACUUCUUGUGGCUGAUUUCCAGGCUGAGACACUGAUUGGGUAUCUAUAUGAAGAUAAAGACAUUCCUGUGAUAUUUUUAGAACUUUUCUAUUUCAGUCUACAAUGGACGGCAAGACACACUAAAUAGCAAUGAUGUGGAUGAUUAGUGAUAUUUUCUUAAUUUACUUGCCCCUGGGGUGGGAUUGUUUUGUAUACUUUGUUGUAAGGGGAGGUAGAGCAUGUGAGAAUCAAAUGUCAAGAAAAGUGUAGGGGAAGCUUACUAGAGAACUUGAUCAUAGUAUUGAUAAAAUGAUUUAGGGUUCAUUGUGGCAAUGUCAAUGUUUGUAUACUUGAGGGUUCAUUGUGGCAAUGUCAAUGUUUGUAUACUUGAGGGUUCAUUGUGGCAAUGUCAAGGUUGUAUACUUGAGGGUUCAUUGUGGCAAUGUCAGUGUUUGUAUACUUGAGGGUUCAUUGUGGCAAUGUCAUUGUUUGUAUACUUGAGGUUUCAUUGUGGCAAUGUCAGUGUUUGUAUACUUGAGGGUUCAUUGUGGCAAUGUCAGUGUUUGUAUACUUGAGGCUUCAUUGUGGCAAUGUCAUUGUUUAUGUACAUGUACGUUAGGGUUCACAUUGGCAGUGCCAUUUUAUACGCAUGUCGAAAGACAACGUAUUAUGGUAUGGCGCUGUCCGUCCAUCUGGCGUCCGUUGUAAACUUUUAUUUGUCCGGAGAUCUCCUCCUACAUUUUUCAGCCGAUCUUUAUGAAACUUGGUAGGCUUAAUCACCAUGAUAUGAAGUUGUCUUGUCCUGAAUGGGGUUUUGAUUAGACAAUUUGAAUAAGAGUUAUGCUCCUUUGUUUAUUUCACUUAGAAAUCUUGUCCUUUAAACAACUUCUACUCAAUAAUGACUUGACAAAAUGCUUUGAUAUUUGGUUUGAAUAUUCCUAGGAUGAAGUCCAACAAAGUAUGUGCAAAAAAAUGACCUUGACUAAUAUUCAGGGUCACAGGGGUUAAAUUUGUUAAAUUAUUUAAACAAAUUCUUCUCAUGAACAAAAAGGCAUAGAGGCAUGAUAAUUGGCUGGUAUGUUCCUAGGAUGGAAUGUGACAAAGUUUACAAAAAUAAAUUACCUUGACUGAUAUUCAAGGUCACAGGGGUCAGAUUUGUUAAAACAUUGAAACGACUUCUUCUUAUGAACUGAAAGGCCAAGAGGCAUGAUACUUGAUGAAGCAUGACAAAGUUUGCAAAAAAGAAAUGACCUUGACUUAUGUUCAAGGUCACAGGGGUCAAAUUUGUUAAAACAUUUGAACUACUUCUCAUGAACUUAAAGACCUAGAGACAAGAUAUUUGUUUGGUAAAAAUAUACCAGGUGAACGAUGCAGGCCCAUUUUGCCUCUUGUUAGGUUGUAUAUUAUCAUAAUGCAGCAUGGAUGUGAAAAGAAUAAAUCAACUGUAACCAUCACAUUUUGAGAAGAAUAUAUAAUAAGAUAUCUAUUUCUCAAUAGAUAUGAAGAUAUGUUAUAUAAAGAUAUUACGUAACACACAAGCUUUAUACAUAAAAUCCAUUUAUUGUACAAUAAAAGUAGUCACAAUUACAUAUCAUAUCCUUAGUGUAGAUGGAGAGAAGUCAGUUUGCUUUACUGUCCUGGACCUGUGGGAAUUUCCUUGUGGUCAAGCAUUACAGUGUCUGUCUGGAGACGGCAGUGGUCACAAGGGUUUUUCAUUACUCAUUCCUAUUACAUAAUUAUCUGGUUUGUUAGUGAAUUAUGUACCUAUAUAGAUAAACUUUUUUGUCCACCUCUAAAUGUUCAAAGAACAAACUAUUCUAUAUGCCUGUAUUUACAUAUGUACUUUUUGUAAAAGUCUUCUCUAUAUGUUAUCAAAGAAAUAUUUGAAAUAUGAUUUUACAUUUACCUUUUCUGUGUGUAUGUGAUUCUACCACUUCUGCAUAUUUAAGAUACGUAUGUCCUACCUGGAAUACCAAUAAGGGAUAAAUUUAUCCUACAUGGUGCACUCAUUGACCUUUGUUAUCAUGUUGUCAGUCACAGGAAAGUCUCAACUGUACAUUUUAACCCCAUAAUGGAAAGCUCACCAAAAUAUUGUGUAACUGCACUUAGCAAUCUUGCUAUCAGUAAUUGAAAUCAUCUCAUGAACAAAAGGAAUUGAAUUUUCACAAAAUGAUGUGCUUUUCUUUGAAUUUUACAUAUAUCAAUAGACCAUACAUGUAUUAGUUUUUUCAUGUUCUUUCUAGGUGUGGUGUUAUUUAUGUUACUGAGAAACUUUUCAUGAUAUUAACAUAUGAAGAUAUAUUAAUGUUUCUGUUUUAUAGAUGUUGUUGGGGUGUAGUGAAGAUGUAAAAGUGGAGAAAGGAAUGAAUUAUCACACUAUGUGGAAUUGGAAAUGCUACCCAUUAGUAUAUACAUUUGAGUUCAGAUUUUCAAAUGUAAUCCUUUUCCACAUACACCUACCCGUAUAUAUUACUUAAUUUCACGUUGUUUUAGUACAAGAUUAUCAUCAAGCAGUAGGUACUAUUUCAUCUGCAAUGGCUAAAGAACGAUACAUCUGUUAUGACAAGUUUUAAGAUAUUUGAAUUAGGAAGUACCAGUUCCACACAGAAAGAAGGACAGAGUGCUCUCCCUGUAGUAACAUCUACCAAUUUUUUCGCAGAGGAGUGAGAAUGCAGAAAUAUUAGACAAGUUGUGGAGUGUUGAUUUUUAUGUUGUAAAGUAGGGUUGGACUUUGCAUUUCUCAUGUAAAUUUAAUGUCCAUUUCCACGCUUAACUUUUAGAGAAGAUUAAUGGCCUUCACUCAUUUCUAUUAUUUUCUACACUAUAAUGCAUCAUGUCACAGAAUUAGAGAAUGGUUUGAGAUUAAAACCUUUUUUUUUUCAAA